GCAGACACCAGGACUCCAAGAUGGCGUCAGUCGUACCAGUGAAGGACAAGAAACUUCUGGAGGUCAAACUGGGGGAGCUGCCAAACUGGAUCUUGAUGCGGGACUUCAGCCCUAGUGGCAUUCUCGGAGCAUUUCGAAGAGGUUACUACCAGUACUACAACAAGUACAUCAACGUGAAGAAGGGGAGCAUCUCGGGGAUUACCAUGGUGCUGGCAUGCUACGUGCUCUUCAACUACAGCAUUUCCUACAAACAUUUCAAGCACAAGCGGCUCCGCAAAUACCACUGAAGAGGACACGCUAUGCACCACCCCCUGACCCCAUGACCUUGGCCUGAGCCCCUCCAUGAGGAACACAAUCUCGAUCGUUGCUGAAUCCUUUCAUGUCCUAAUGGGAAUUAACCUCCAAAUAAAAGAUGACUGGUAAAAAAAAAAAAAAAAAAAAUUAAA